AGAUCGAGAGCAGCUUUCAGUCAAUUGGCGCGCUUCAUUCCGUGCGGUUGUUGUUAUCGCGUCGUAUCUCUUUACUGUUGAUUUUUACUGUGUGCAUUUUAUUUGAAAACUGUUGUCUUGUCGCUCGAGGCGACUGCGUGUGUGCGUUUUGUGAUAUGCAAAUGGGAAUUCAAAAAGCCGCAACGAUCGCAAAUAAAUUGGCAACAAACGCGGUGCAUAUACUUAACGUGGACUCUCUUUCCCUUUGAAGUGGCUACUCACUGUGACUAAGGGUUCGGUUCUAAAGAGUCCUCCAGUCGCAGUCGCAAUCCUUUACGUUGGCGGCGCAGGCGUUGCCAUUGCCGCUGCCACUUCCUCUGCCGCUGCCGCCGUCGCUGCCCUGUCUCGAGCUCAGCAGUUAAGUUUAAAAUCUAAUCGAUGAGCAGCAAUUAUAAGAAUCGUAGCACUGACGAGGCCCUCGCCCAGCAGCUCAGUCUGCCCAGAAGUGUCAAGCCCUCGGCCACGCCCACCUAUAAACAGAUAUCCGGCGGCAUGGCGACAUUACCACGCCCCGACGCCGAUCAGCGACUGCGCAGCGAAUCGACGAACGCACGAACUUGCGUCUACAUUGGAGGCGCCACAGGAGUCAGCAAUGCGGCAACCCUGGAUCGACGGCAGCCACAACGCAUGUCCUGGCUGAAUAUGCGACGUGCCAAGGCGGAUGCCGAGAUGCCCGCCGUGACCCCCUCGCCACAGACAACGCGCAGCUGCAUCUCCACGGUGUCCAGUGUGGUUGACAGUGGCGGAGGUCGCACCACAGUCACCUCGGGACGCAUCAGCUCCAGCGGCAUCAUUACACUGAGUGGCAGCAACAAUACCUUGACGGAUAUACAGGGUUAUCAUGAUGAUGGCGUGUCCAAGAACUAUUCGUCCGUCUCAGUGUCGGCGUCUGCUCAUUCCGCGCACAAUAUCACGACCGCCAGCAAUGCCAAGCUGUUGCCCGCCGCGGAGGAUGAGUCAAAUCAACAGACAAAAUGCUCGGUGUUUCGUGGCCUUGUGCUCUGCAUUUGCCUGAACGUCAGCUAUGCGAAUGUGGUGCGCUUCCCACGUGAACUGGAUAAGUAUGGGUCGGCCUACCUGGUGCCGUAUCUGAUACUGCUGUUUCUAGUCGGCCUGCCUAUGAUACUACUCGAGAUAUCUGUCGGACAGUUUCUGGGCCAAGGGGCGGCACACACCUGGCGUGCCUCGCCCAUAUUCAAAGGGGCCUGUAUUAUCAGUCGCUUUGCGUCGUGGGUGUCGGCCAUCUGGAUAUCACUUCAGGCUGUGCUGGCCCUUGCCUAUAUAGGAAUGUUCGCCUCGAAUACACUACCAUUUCGCGAGUGUGUGGGCAACCUAAAGCUGAAUUUGAAUGGCUACUCGGUGACUGGCAACAGUGGACAGGAGUGCUUGCAACAGACUUUUCUGACUCCAUUUUGGCGUAAUCCACUUUACUUUGGCCUGUUGGCAGCUGGCCUAAUUGGUAUCUGGAUAGUGGUCAUGUUGUGCACCCACAAUGGCAAGAUAUUACGGCGUAGUCUCUUUGUUUAUGGCUUGGCAGGAUUGUUUCUGCUCUGCGCCUUGACUGGCUGGGAAGUGCGCAAUUCCUUCUCCCGUCACUAUUUUCCUCAGCUGUGGCCCUAUGACAGCAGCCUGCUGGCGGAGAGCAACAUCUGGUUUAAUGCUCUAAUGCAGGUGCUGUUUUCGGUCAACUGCGGCUUUGGUUCACUGCCCAUGCUGACGGGAAAGUUCCUGUAUAAGGGCGAUGCAGUGCGUACAUCCGUUGUGUAUCUGUGCUUUAAUUUGCUGAUCAAUGCCAUUGCCGUGACUCUGUUCAUGGUGCAGUUUGAUUCCUCAGCCAGCGGACCGAUGGAUGAACUGAAGCCGCUAACUGCCAUCUAUGAUCGUGCCCUGUAUGGCUCCCCGACGGAUAGUGAACUAAUGCGUCAUUUGAUUCCUUCACUCAUCUAUACACUCGUCAUCCUCUCCGCCCUCGUCUCCAUCACGGUUGCCGUGUACACCUCGACGCGUCUAGUGCCUCGUCGUCCCAACUAUGUGAUCUGCUUAAUAGCCUUGGUGGUGGCUGUCAUGUCCUUCGCAGCACCCAAGUUCCUGAUAGCGCGUGUCCUGGACUCGCGCCUUGUGGGCACCUUGGCCAUUACGGCUUUGGUCUUUGAGCUGAUUUCCAUUACGUGGAUCUAUGGCGCAAAGAACAUUUAUACGGAUCUGGAAUUCUCUAUUGGACGUCCUAUUUUCCGUAUCUGGAUGUGGAAGUGGUGCAGCUGUCCGGCUAUUUUAACCGGAAUACUUGUCUGGUGGUGUGCCGACGAUGAUCAGGAUGAUCUGUUGGCAGGUUACUUACCACGCUGGGCACCCAUACUAUUCGCGCUGGCUGUGAUUCUCAUCAUCGCUUGUGUGCAGAUCUUCCGCCAGGUGGAGUACAAUUUCUUCGGCAUGAUUUGCGAAGCCUCAAAACCAGCCAAGGAAUGGGGUCCAGCCGAUCCCCUGGCACGUCACUCCUGGAAGCAAUGGCGUUCGGUCUGUCAAGAUACUGGACGUCGUGAUUUCACACUGCGUCGUCGUGGCACUCGGGAUUACACGCACUCCAUAAAGAAGGGGCAGUAUUCGAGUGCCCAGAAGUUUGCCACAAAUGGACAGACGGCACAUCCGCACCAGACACAUUGGAAGUCCUCCACACCUGGCAACAGUUCGCCCAACUAUAGUGGCUCCAUGUUUGGCGACUCGGCCAUCGAGGAAGACAUCAGCGUGGACAAGUUUCCAGGCAUCACGCAGCAGUACGUGCCAUUCCAGGCCAGCGAUGGCAAGCCGCUGAGAUACUCACAGCGUGCACGCCAAACGGCCCAACCACAGACUUUAACACGAGCCCCUCCAGGGCCAACGACUGUGGAGAAGCACCGCGAGGUGGUGUACAUCAGGCGGCUCUCGGAUGGCGGCAGUGGCAACCAUUCGACUCGCAUCGAGAUAUCGCCCUCCAAUGAGUCCAUUAGCUACGGCAAUGGCAAAGCGAAUGGGAAUGCCAACACGGCCAUGUCUCGUAAUCCCUUGGGCCGAUCCACAGGCUGUCUGGCACCGGCGCCGGCGCUGCAUCCGCCUAGCAACAUCAAGCGAUCCGCCAGCUCUGUGGUGAAUGUGAACACGCACAAGCUACCUCCGCCCACGUCUGCAUCUGCGGGAGAUCACAUCUGCUGGCGCAAGUUCAAUGUCAAUCCCGAGGAGUACUCGACGGAGCUGUAAACUGUGGUCACGCCUCAAUCGCGAAGCAUUCACAUUCAAAAGACUUGUUGCAUCCAAAAUAAAUGUAUCUGAAUCUGUAUAAAACUGAAAGCAGAUUUAUCAUUAAGUUAUCGAAUUACGAACUAUGCCCAUAUGCAAAGUGUAUCUUCUAGUUUUGAUCUGUACAUAGAGAGCAUGAUAUCUAGCAUUAGUUUAUUAAUUAGUCCUUUAAUGUAUUAAGCAAAUUUUGAUAUACAUGUAAUUCUGUUGUCAUUGAUCGUCUUGUAAUUGGCGCCUUUCCCUGAGGCAGCCACAACUAGAAAGUGUGAGAUCCUUAGAGGAUUCCAAGUAGUUAAGAUAUAUGUUUAAUAUGUGUGCAUGUUAUUGUCUGUAAGUGUCUGUAUGUGGUCUAAGUAACCAUGUGUCUGUGAACCUAUAAACUAACCAUUUAAAUAUAUCUAUGUAAUAUAUUUUAGUUUGACAUUGUCCUAAUAUUCUGCGUCUAAUUGUUAAGUGAACUGCACAACGAUUACGAAAACGAUCUUAUGUAAUAAAACAUAUAAAUAGUAAAUUAUAAA